GGGCGAGCGGGUGAGGGGUGUCCUGGGCGCGCGCGGGCGCGCGGGCGCGCGUUCUCCCUCACGCCUCUCGCUCUCUCGCACUAUAUAGGAUGUGCCGCGGAAUGGUCGGCGGCUCCUUGCGGUAGGCGCGCGUGCGGCUCGCCCUUGCCUUGCUUUGCCUUGCCUUGCCAGGCGCGCUUCGCCGGAGCCGCCGCCGCCGCCGCCACUACCCGGUUCGUCUUCUCGGUCUCGGCAGCCCGAGUGUGAGAGAGAGGCAGGCAGCUCUCCCGGCAGGCGCUGCUUGCUCUUGCUGCCGCCGCCUGCUGCCUCGUUCUUCCUUCCUUCUCCUGCCGGGGGGGAAGCCUCCAUGUGCGGCCGCCCAUGGCUGGGGCACAGCCAGGGGUCCACGCUCUCCAGCUGCAGCCGGUCCGCGUCUCGGCCAGCCUCAAGAAGGGCACCACCUUCGUCAAGUGGGACGAUGACUCCACAAAUUUGACAACAGUUUUUCUUCGAACGGACCCAAAUGGAUUUUUCUUACAUUGGACAGACCAAAAUAAGGUACAGGAAUCAGAGCUGUUAGAUAUCAGCCUUGUCAAAGAUGCACGAUGUGGAAAACACGCUCGAGCUCCUAAGGAUCCAAAGUUACGUGAACAUCUGGAUGGAGGGAAUGUAGGAGGUCGGCUGGAAAGCCGAAUGCUUACGAUUGUGUAUGGCCCUGACUUGGUCAAUAUAUCAUACUUGAACUUAGUAGCGGCUCAGGAAGACAUUGCAAAGGAAUGGUCAGAGGAAAUCUUCAGUCUGGCAACAAACCUGCUGGCACAGAAUAUGUCAAGGGAUGCUUUUCUGGAAAAAGCGUACACAAAACUUAAGUUGCAAGUAACUACAGAUGGACGUAUCCCUUUGAAAAACAUUUAUCGCUUAUUCUCUUCAGACAGAAAGCGUGUUGAGACUGCACUUGAAGCUUGCAAUCUUCCAUCUUCAAGGAAUGAUUCCGUUCCUCAAGAAGACUUCACUCCAGAAAUAUACAGAGACUUCUUGAGCAACCUGUGCCCUCGGCCUGAAAUUGACCACAUCUUCCUAGAAUUAGGUGCCAAGACCAGACCAUAUCUAACUGUUGAUCAGAUGAUGGAAUUUAUAAACUUGAAACAACGAGACCCACGGUUAAAUGAAAUUCUUUAUCCUCCUUUGAAGCAGGAACAGGUUCAGCAGCUGAUUGAAAAAUAUGAACCCAAUAAUGCUUUGGCUAAGAAAGGGCAGAUAUCAGUGGAUGGAUUUAUGAGCUAUUUGAGUGGAGAGGAGAAUGGAGUGGUUCCACCUGAAAAACUGGAUCUGAAUGAAGAUAUGGGCCAGCCCUUGUCUCAUUACUUUAUCAAUUCUUCACAUAAUACCUACCUCACAGCUGGGCAGCUGGCUGGUAACUCUUCCGUAGAGAUGUAUCGCCAAGUGCUUUUGUCUGGCUGCCGCUGUGUUGAGCUGGACUGCUGGAAAGGCCGAACAGCUGAAGAAGAGCCAGUCAUUACGCAUGGAUUCACCAUGACAACUGAAAUAUCCUUCAAGGAAGUAAUAGAAGCAAUUGCUGAAUGUGCGUUUAAGACCUCUCCUUUCCCCAUUCUACUCUCAUUUGAAAACCAUGUGGAUUCCCCUAAACAGCAGGCAAAAAUGGCAGAGUAUUGCAGGUUAAUAUUUGGUGAUGCUUUGCUGAUGGAGCCCCUGGAAAAAUAUCCCCUUGAACGUGGUGUCCCUCUUCCAAGCCCAGCAGACCUGAUGUACAAAAUCCUGGUGAAAAACAAAAAGAAGUCUCAUAAGUCUGCAGACGGUACCUCAAAGAAGAAACUCUCUGAACAGGCUUCGAACACCUGCAGUGAUGCCUCUAGCGGGUUUGAGCCGUCUUCUCCUGGAGCAGGGGAAGCGGAGAUGGAGAGUGAUGAUGAUGAUGAUUAUGACGAUGACUGCAAAAAAUCAUCAAUGGAGGAAGGGACAGCUGGAAGUGAAGCCAUGGCUACUGAGGAAAUGUCAAACUUGGUGAAUUACAUACAGCCGGUGAAGUUUGAGUCCUUUGAGAUAUCCCAAAAACGGAACAAGAGUUUUGAAAUGUCUUCCUUUGUGGAAACCAAAGCACUCGAGCAGCUCACAAAAUCUCCUGUUGAGUUUGUGGAGUAUAAUAAAAUGCAGCUGAGCCGAAUUUAUCCCAAAGGGACACGGGUUGAUUCCUCCAACUACAUGCCUCAGCUCUUCUGGAACGCAGGCUGUCAGAUGGUAGCUCUGAACUUCCAAACUGUAGAUUUGUCUAUGCAAAUAAAUAUGGGGAUGUAUGAAUAUAAUGGCAAAUCUGGGUACAGGCUAAAGCCAGAGUUCAUGAGAAGGCCAGACAAGCACUUUGAUCCAUUUGCUGAAAGUAUUGUAGAUGGAAUAGUAGCAAACACUUUGUCUGUGAAGAUUAUUUCUGGGCAAUUGCUUUCUGACAAAAAAGUUGGGACUUAUGUAGAAGUGGAUAUGUUUGGUCUGCCAGUGGACACAAGACGGAAAGCUCUCAAGACCAAAACCUCUCAAGGCAAUGCUGUGAAUCCUGUGUGGGAAGAUGAGGUCAUAGUAUUUAAGAAGGUUGUUCUUCCUUCUCUGGCAUGCCUGAGAAUAGCAGUCUAUGAAGAAGGAGGAAAGUUCAUUGGUCAUCGGAUAUUGCCUGUGUCAGCCAUUCGACCAGGCUAUCACUAUAUUUGCCUACGGAAUGAAAGGAACCAGCCCUUGACACUGCCAGCCUUAUUUGUAUACAUAGAAGUUAAAGACUAUGUACCCGAUACUUAUGCAGAUGUCAUUGAAGCGUUAUCCAACCCAAUCAGAUAUGUGAACUUGAUGGAGCAAAGAGCAAAACAGCUGGCAGCACUGACUCUGGAGGACGAAGAAGAAGUAAAGAAAGAGGCAGAGCAGGGAGAUGUACCUUCAGAAGCUCACAAUGAACCUAAGCCUGCACCAGCUGAAAAUGGAGUAAACCACACUACUUCCCUUACCCCAAAGCCAUCUGCUCAGGUUGCUCCCAGCCAACCAACGCCGGGUUCUGUGAAAGUGCCAGCAAAAACAGAAGAUCUUAUUCAGAGUGUUCUCACUGAAGUUGAAGCCCAAACCAUCGAGGAGCUAAAGCAACAGAAGGCAUUUGUGAAACUACAGAAGAAGCACUACAAAGAAAUGAAGGAUCUCGUGAAGAAACACCACAAGAAAACCACAGAUCUUAUAAAAGAGCAUACUACAAAGUAUAAUGAAAUCCAGAAUGACUACCUGCGGCGGAGGGCAGUCCUGGAGAAGACGGCGAAAAAAGAUAGUAAGAAAAAAGGAGAAACUGGUAGUCCAGAUCAUAGCUCUUCAACUGUUGAACAAGAGUUGGCUGCCCUUGAUUCGGAAAUGACUCAAAAGUUAAUAGAGCUUAAAGAGAAGCAGCAGCAGCAGCUGCUUAAUCUUCGACAAGAACAGUAUUACAGCGAAAAAUAUCAGAAGCAAGCACAUAUUAAAUUGCUUAUUCAGAAGUUGACAGACGUAGCAGAGGAAUGCCAGAGUAAUCAGCUAAAGAAACUUAAAGAAACUUGUGAAAGAGAAAAGAAAGAGCUGAAGAAAAAGAUGGACAAAAAGAGGCAGGAGAAAAUCACAGAAGUUAAAUCCAAGGACAGGAGUCAAGUGGAUGAGGAGAAGACAGAAAUGAUUCGAUCGUAUAUUCAGGAGGUGGUGCAGUACAUUAAAAGGCUAGAAGAUGCUCAGAGCAAAAGACAAGAAAGGCUUGUGGAGAAACACAAGGAGAUUCGUCAGCAAAUACUGGAUGAAAAGCCCAAGUUACAGGCUGAACUCGAUCAAGAGUACCAAGACAAAUUCAAAAGACUCCCACUGGAAAUUCUGGAAUUUGUUCAAGAAGCAAUGAAAGGCAAAAUCAGUGAAGAUGGGGGAGACCAUAGCUCAACCACUUCUUCCCUGGUGUCUGAGGGUGGAAAAGUGAACCAUAAACCGCAGCAAAAUGAAGAGCUGGAAGAGAAUCCGGGAAAAGUCUUUGAUACACCUCUCUAACAACAACUGCAGUGCCACUUUCCUACAUUACUAGGUCACAGCAAGUCUCCACCUUGUUCCCCAGAUGCUUUCCUUUACCUGAAUUAUCAUUGGGCAGCUUCAGAUGUGGAAGACAUUGUUAGAGGCAGUGCCCAUUUUUAAAACAAGUGGUUGGUGAGGAAGCUGUUACAUUGUUUGAAGCUCUUCGUUGAUAGCUUAAUGCAUAGGCCAGUGCUGUCCUUUCUCUGGUCACUUUUAUAUGGGUAGAUUUCAGUCCAAGUGCAGCCUGGAGCUUUCUCUGGGGACCAUAGACCACCCUGUGAAGCAGCGAUGGGAAAAAAAUAAAUACUCCAAGCCCAAUUGUCAUAGCAUCCUUAACUCUGAGUUUCCUUCUUUGUGACUGCACCUUGUAUCAUCUUAUCAAUUGCACUGAUUUUUUUUUAAAAAAAUCAUUCGUAUUUUUAUUUUUGCUCUGAAAGCACCAAUUGUGUGCUUUGUUGAUAAUCUAUCAGAUAAAUAUUCUGCUGUUUAAGAUGUUCUACGGAAACUGUGGUAACUCGUGUAAGUUCCCAAGUUGAAACAGACACAUGUGUCUUAUAUAUGCUUCAUAUGUGAUGUGUUCACAUAGAUGUGUAUAGAAACACACAUGCACAAAUGUUUAUGUAUAAACAGAGCAUGCAAGUUCUUGCUGGGUUUCCCCUUGUGACAAAACGAACAGUUUUAAGGGAUAAGGACCAACGUGUCUGGAUCAGUGAUAACAAACUGGGAUCAUUACAAAGCAAUUGUUAAUCUUUAAAGUAAUAUUGUAUAUUGUUUUCAAAAGCAGGUUUGUGGGUUCAAGGGUAUUGUUUUCAAUUAUUAUUAGGAUAAUUAUUUUGCAUUGCAUCAGUGAUCUAAUUAUUAAGAUGUUUUCAACUGUAGUAUCUGACAUGUGGGCAUCUCUCUUACAGUUUUUUUUUAAAGUAUGACAUGCAUGUGGGAAGUGCUGACUCCAAUGUGUAUAUAAAAUAGACAUUUCAGAGCUGGAAUGUUUAUGAAAAGUAAAGGAAAUGCUCAGACAGGAGGAUGGAUGGAGAACACUGGGUUCUAAUUCCAAUCCAAACGAUGUAUUUGGUUAACCUUAGGAAAGCUACAGCCCCUCUGAACUCAACAGAACUACUUUGUGGAUAUUACUGAAACACUAAAUUUGUUCUAAUGAUAGUAAAUACUUUUAAUACAUAACAGCAUAUAUGUAGUCUGCUAGCCCUCAGGAGUUCAGUAGAAAUAACUUAUUUUAUUUAAAUGUAAGCAAUAAAUAGAGAUCAAACUUAAGUUUCAAGUUAAAUGAUAAAUGUACAUAAGGCAAUCAAAACUUUGACUGAACAGUAUUUUAUUUUCUUAAUUUACAGCACGCACGAAAAUGGUUGCACACUGUUUGAAAAGUACAUCAGAGAGAUGUACUCUGCUUACAAUGAAUGGAGUACCUGAGCAGGCAUAACUGAGACUUUGAUUUUGAUUUUAAUAGCGUGACUCCUAUCAUUUAUUCUACUUUUGCACUUUGAAGAUCAAUAUUACUAAUCACUAAAUACAGAAAAACCUGGAAGGGUCAAAGUUUAAUGCUGCAUUUUAUAAGAUAAAAGUUAAAUAAAUUUGUUUUAAGCUAGGUGGGAUAAAAUAAUAGCAGUAUUCAGAACAAUUAUGAAACUAUUUCUUUGAUGUGCUCGUAUAGUGCAGUUUCAAAUCAAGUAGGUGAAAUUCUGAUGAGCUUUUUAAUUUAUGAAAAAAAGUUAAUGGUUUGACAAGAGUAUAUUAGCAGCUGUAGUUGGUUUUCAGUACAUUUGUAUUUGACCAUUGACUAUACUUAUUUUUUAAUAUCUGUACAGUGCCCCUUUUUGCAGUUGUAGUUUAGUGUGUAAUACUGUAUAUCUUGCAUUGUUCAAAAUUACAGUGAUAUAUUAUUUGCCAUUAAUAUUACUUGAAAUAAAGUAAGGUAAUGAAAAAAAAAGGAGUCUAUGAUGUGAGAGUCUUGUGCCUUUUUAUGUAUCUGCCUUGUUAUGUGUUGAACAAGUGGAAAAAAUAUAUUGUGGACAUUUCUGCUUUUAGAGAACAGUGCUACUUUGUAAUACAUGGAACUCCAUUAGACACUUCCUGUAUCUUUCCACUGCUGAGGAUUUUUUU